AUGCACACUUCCCUUAGGAAGCUUGCACAGUCAGAGCCUCCUCGCUGCUGGCGACAAGAUAGCCCCGAGGCUUCAAUGGGUGCGGACGACGAUUUCGAUGGCGAUGCCGACAUGCAGGGCGCCGUUGCACAUAGGAAUUCGGCUGCUGAAGAUCCCGGGCCGGAGCCCAAGAACCGGCGUGCGUGUGAACCGUUGGGUGUGACCGAGGCCAGCCAUGCUCCACCUGUGUUCGCUCUCGCUGAAAGAAAAAUCGAUCGCAUCGAAGAGAGGCUUUCAAGCUUGGUCGGCUUACUCGAAAACCUGAAAGUAGACUCGCCGUCCCAGGGCAUCGACAGCAAGACCAACAUCCCGUUACGACAGAUUCCUGAGCAAACCAUCCAGAACACGCCCAGCAACUCUGCGCCUACCCCGGCUUCCAUACCAGCUUCUAACUCGAGCUAUACUUGUCUCUUAGCACCGUCUACGACGCAUACCGACACCUCCGAUCCAACUUUUGUCGGAGAAUCGUCUAUGGCGGCACAAUAUGACUUUGCUAACAAUUUCUUGGAGCAGGCUCUUCGUGCUGGGCCCCUCCAGGACUUUAGACUCGAAAUGGACGAGACACUGGGUGCUCUGCGCGCCCUUGUUCGCGCUCGAAAAUCCCACACUGAUGCCCGGGAGGUCACCUUUCCGCACGCGAGAGCCCCCUUGCCCACCCAGCCCUAUGAGCGCACAUUGCCCAACGCAUCUCUAGCCAUGGCCAGUCUGAGGAUUGCAAAAGAGCAUGCUCUCAGAGUCUUGUUCUCGUCCGAAUACUCCGAAGCAGACUACAUCAUUGUGAACAUCGGGUUGUAUUGGCUUUUCAGUAUUCUCAGCAUUGCAACCACCGAUGACGACCUUGGCAGCCAUGUUCGGCGGGAUGACUUGCUCAAGGAGACCCGUCUCUGCCGUGAGAACUUGGAAACGAGUCUCUCCAUAUUACCUUUCCAUUUCCCUGGAGAUCCAGAUCACAUAGAAGCUCUUAUCAUGGCAUCUUUUUAUGCCAUUGAUAACUCUAAGCCAUCUCUGGCUUGGUCAUUCUGCUCCGCCUCAUCCCAGAGAUGUCUGAGUCUGGGUCUCCAUCGAGAGGAUGUGACUGAUAAUCCCCAGUCUCGAAAUCGAAAGAAGUGGCUUUUUUGGACCACCUAUGUGAUCGAUAAGGCCCUUUCGCUUCGCCUCGGUCGCCCUACAAAUUUACCUGACUUUGAUAUCACUGUAUCACCUCCAGAUCCUGGCUCGGGUCCAGAACCGUAUUCGUCCGGGGAUAUAAGUUUCAUAACAUGGAUCCGUGUUGCACGGAUACAAGGACGCGCUUAUGAGGAAUUAUAUAGCCCCGAGGCUUUGGCACAGUCGGAUCAGGUUCGACGUUCUCGGGUUAAAAUGAUGGCAGAUGAAGUUCUGGCCAUUAUGCAGCGGUCAGAAAAAAUGGACUCUAGUACUAACCCAGAAUGGGCUGUCACCCUUGAUACCGAUACAUACCAACUCGUGGCCCUGAUGGAUCAAGUCCAAAAUCGGUCUCUAUUGACUCUACUCUACCGUGCGAUCCCAUCUCCGACCGGUUCCGCCUCGACAUUUACAGCAGAGUGCGUUGAUGCGGCACGUUCGGCUCUUCAGAAACAUGAAGAGUGUAUGGAACGUCUAAAGCCCUACGAUGCCCAAUUCAAGACACUCUAUUUGCAUUGGACGAUUCAUUACAAUCCUUUCAAUCCAUUCAUUGUUAUCUUCUGUCAUGUUAUCGAGACGAGCGAUUUGAGCGAUCUUGAUCGACUUCACGAUUGUGUCGCCUCUCUCGAGCCUGCGUCAAAAACUUCUGAGUCAACCGCUCGACUUCACCGGUUAUUUCAUGUGUUGUACAACGUGGCGCUUAAGUAUGUCGAGGUCAAACAGAAUCAAGAGCAGGCAUCUGUCGGCCGUGAAUUCGAUGCUUACCUAAACGCCUUGGGAUUCAACCCUGGGGGAGCUAUGGACAUCAUGAGACAGGGCGGCGAAGGUUCUGAAGGCUCUGGUCUGCCGCCGGCCGGUCUUGCUCUCAAUAUGCAAGACUACCCAGGACUCGAGGGGGUUCCGAUACCCAGUCAAGAUCUACCUGCCCAGGGCAUGCUGCAGCAGGGGAUGCUGCUGGGAGGCUGGUUCCACAGCAACCAGCAGAUGAUGGGCCUGUUGGAAGAGGAUACCCUCUGA